AUGCUUCGUAUGCCACAAAACCGUGGCUUCGCCUCUCCUAUCAUCGACGAGAAGGCCGAAGCCGAGAAGAAAAAGCAAGAACAGCUUGCCAAGGAAAAGGAAGCUAUCAUCAAGGAGUAUGAGGAGAAGAUGAAGAAGAAGGGAAAGGAUGUGAAAAAGGUCGACGAUCCUGCGAAAGUUGCGGAGGAAGAAAAGGAUCAGAAGCUGAAAGCGCUUGAUUCGAAGGCGGCAACUGGCGCAACGUCGGAUGAUGGACCUCGACAGUAUGUACUUCACAGAAAUUUCUACCAAAUCCGACUCGACCGCAAAUCGAACAUUGAGAGAUCGAAGCGGGAAGCGGCAAGAGUCAGCAGUGCUGGGUUCUUUCCUUCUGCCCCGACAGGCAAUUUGGCGUAG